AUGAAACAAAAAUUAGAAGCAAAGAAUUAUGAGCAUAUGAAAGAGAAAAUUAGAUUAAGAGAUGAGCAUAUGGAAGAGAUAAUUAGAUUAAGAGAUAAACAUAAAGAUGAUGAAGCCGAAUUAGUUGCACGUACAGCAGAUGUGCUUAAACUUCGAAAAAUCUGUAACGUUAGAUCAGCUUUGGAGUUACGUGAACCUGCUGAUUUUUUGUUAGAGAGUUUGAACAAAGAUCCAGAAUUUAAAAAAUGCCUGGAAGAGACAUGUGAUAUGAAUAACGUACAUAUAGAAGCCGUGAAGAAAUGUAUUGGUGGCCUGUAUCAUACCCCAACAACGGAAUUUCAUGGGCAUGACAAAGUUGUAGUUUCUGCAAAAGAUUGGGCAGUAAAUGAGAUAAUUGCCUUGGAAUUCACUGAAAGUUUAAAAAUUUAA